AUGGGCACAAAUAUGAGAUCUUUCUAUUUAUUCCUCCUGUCAGCGUUCUGUUCAGCCCAAAAGAUACCAAGACUGAAGUUUACCCUUAAAGAAUCUCCUGUGCUGAGCUUCGAGAAUGGGGAGAAGGCCACAGUCCUCUUCCAUGAUGCCGGAUCUGAGCAGCUGUACGUUGGGGGCAGGGGAGCACUGCGCAUCUUGACAUAUAAAGAGUCGGAGGUCAACCAGACCCAGGUUCCCCUGCAGGCCGACGAGAAGGUGGAGAAGAACUGCAGGAGCAAGCCUGGGGCAGUGCAGGCCGAGUGUGACAACUUCAUCCGGGUGAUUCAGAGGCUGAACAGCAGCUCCGUCAUCGUCUGCGGCACCAACGCGGGGUCCCCCAAAUGCUGGUUCCUGACCAAUGACAGAACGCUGCAGCAGGACAAACGGGGCCAAGCCCUUGCCAUCAGCGGGGAGAGCCUCGCCCCGGCCUCACCGUCUCAGCCGGCUGCAGCCAUCGCCGUGGAGGGCAGCCUGUACUCGGCAUUGUCCCGGGACAGAAGCACCAUCCAGAGAAGCUAUGGCCCAAGGAAGCUGCUGAGGACAGAAGACAAAUGGCUCGCCAAGGCAGAGUUCGUCACUGCCGCCUUGGUGCCGGAAAAGGAGUCCCACCUGGAUGAAAUCUACUUCUUCUACAACGAAGUCAACAAGACAGCGGGGCUGGAUGAAGAGCCGGUCAAAGCCCGGCUGGGCCGUGUGUGUAAGGUGGAUGAAGGUGGGAAGAGCCUCCUGGUCGAUUUCUGGACCACGUUCCUCCAGGCCAGGCUGGUGUGCGGUGGCCCCACCCAUCCCCAGCGCUUCAACCAGCUGCGCGACGCCGUGGUCCUGGGCGAGGGGAAGAGGGGCCAAGGGAUGCUGUACGGGAUCUUCGCCAGCGCCUGGGGCACCACCGCCGUGUGUGCCUACUCCAUGGACAAGGUGACCCGUGCCUUCAAAACCUCCAAGCUCAAGGGCUACACCAGCAUCCUGCCAGCGCACCGACCUGGCAUGUGUGUCCCCUACAAUUCCCCCAGCGCCCCCUCCAAAGCCAUCCUCAGCAUCAUCAAAGAUUACUCCGAGAUCGAGACUGUCAUCUACCCUGAGGGGCAGCGCCCCCUGUACGUGCUGCAGACUAAUGACACCUACACCAAGGUGGUGGCUGACAGGGUCCUGGACGCCAGCAACAAUUCUCGCACUGUCCUCUACCUUGGGACGGAUAAAGGGAAGAUCCACAAAGUCCUGCAGAGUGGAGGGCAGACGGUCAUCAUCGCCGAGCUGAGCCCUUUCCAGAGAGACGCGCCCAUCUCUGGGAUGGCCCUGGAUGCCCCCACAGGGCACCUCUAUGUAACCACUGAGUUCGAGGUGACGCGCCUGCCACUGGCAGACUGCGGGCAGUACAGGGAGACCUGCUGGAAGUGUGUCCUCGCCAAGGACCCGUACUGCGGAUGGGAUCCAGACAGCAAAAAAUGCUCGGCCAUCUCCCGAGAGGCAAAUGACACUGCCAGCAACUUCCUGCAGAGCCUGGACCCAGAGGCUGAGGACGUGUGUGAAGGUGCAGCAGAACAAGUAGCGCAGGAAGCCCUGAAAAAGGUGAGUGUGGACCCGACCAGCUACAUCUACCUCCCGUGUCCUCUGCGCUCCCACCACGCCAUCUACACCUGGGUCAAAGACGGCAGCAAGCAGUACCCCUGUGCCAUGGACGGGCACUCCUGCACACUGCGCUUUGGGGAGAACGCCCCCAUGGACCAGGGGCUGUUCAAAUGCACAGCCACGGAGGACGGCUACCUAGAGGAGAUUACUGCCUAUAAACUCACGCUCAACACUGCCUGCAUCCCACAGCUCUCCGUGACAGUGGCCGCUGGUGUUUUAUUCCUUGUCAUCACGAUCCUCUUGCUCUAG